AUGCUCCAGCAAAACUUUAGCAUUUAGCUCCGGCUAGUGACAAAUUUCACACCCAGCUGUCAUAGUAGCAACUCCAUCAGUACGCUUCCAGCAUGAUCAGGCGGGACAUCGCCGGGCUGGUCCAGGUGGAGUCAAAUACAUUCCUGCACCAAAUUCAACCAGAAUCUAAAGAACAGAAUACAGCUAUCAAAGAGGUUGAGUCUUUCAAAUGCAAUUGUGAAGAUUUUGUAGACCUCCCUAAUAAGAUUAACAAUUUUGGCAAUUGGCUUAAAGAACAAAACAUUCUGCUUCGUUUCAUUGACUGGAACUUGCGUGGAAUUGCUCAGGUGAUGUUUGUCAACAAUUCAUUAAGUGGGAUUAUUAUCUUGGCCGCUUUAAUUUUGCAUAAUCCGUGGUGGGCACUGAAUAGCAUUGUGGGCACUGUGUUCUCAACUCUGGCAGCGGUUUUGCUCAGUCAGAACAGAUCUGCAGUUGAAGCGGGUCUUUAUGGAUACAAUGGAAACCUGGUUGGCAUUCUGAUGGCUGUAUUUUCCAACAAAGGAGAUUGGUACUGGUGGUUGCUUCUACCUGUGAUUCUCAUGUCAAUUAUGUGUCCUGUGCUUUCAAGUGCCUUGACCUCUGUGAUGGAAAGAUGGGACCUGCCUAUUUUCACUCUGCCAUUUAAUAUUGCCAUUUGGAUAUAUUUGGCUGCAACGGGACAUAACAACAAUUAUUUUCCCCAGGUCCUUAUUCAACCCAUAAACACACCAGUAAAUACCACGUGGUCAGAACUCAGUAUUCCAAUGCUUUUGAGAGCUAUUCCAGUAGGAGUUGGACAGGUCUAUGGCUGCAACAAUCCUUGGACUGGUGGCAUUUUGCUUUUUGCAUUGUUGAUCUCAUCUCCCAUUAUCUGUCUGCAUGCUACAAUUGGAUCCUGUCUUGGUAUAUUGGCAGGAUUAUCUCUGGCUUCACCAUUUCGUAAAAUCUAUGAUGGAUUGUGGAGUUACAACAGUGCUCUGGCUUGCAUUGCAGUCGGUGGGAUGUUUUAUGCCCUGACAUGGCAGACCCAUCUUUUGGCAAUACUCUGCGCAAUUUUCUGUGCAUAUUUUGGAGAAGCACUGAUGAAUACGAUGUCUCAGGUUGGACUACCUGGAUGCACUUGGCCAUUCUGCCUUUCCACUAUCCUUUUCCUUUUGAUGACCAGUAACAACAAAGCGAUUUACAAAUUGCCACUCAUUAGAGUCACCAGCCCUGAGGAGAACAGAAAAUAUUACAAGGAAGUGCGCGACCAUGAACUACAUAAAUGAAUUGAUGCAUAGUUUUAAAAAUCUCAGUGGAUUAUCUAUGUUUUGUGCCUGUGCAUAUAAUAUUGUUUACCUUAACUUCCAGUGAUAUUUGAUAUUUGAAUAGCAAAAGUUAAAAGCCUUUUUUAUUUUGAGUAUCAAAAAUUCAAUGAAAAUAUCAUAAUUUAGUAGUUGCUUUUCAAGUUAACAGUCAACUAUAUAUCAAAGAUACUAAAUUUGAAAUAAUAAAAAGCAACUUUAUCAGAAAACACAUCUUUACAUGAAGAAAUGUUUACUAUUCUACCAACAUGGAUGUCAUUGGAUGUGAAAAUGGAGCAUAUGGUUUGAAUUGAUUCCAGAGAUACAUGCAUGUUU